AUGGCAGGUGCAGAGUGCCGUCGUGGGUUCAAGUCCAUGUCAGGAUAUCGACAACACCACAACACAGUGCGUAUUCAGCCUCCACAACCCGCUCGUCCAUGUCAGCGUGCUUUCGCAGAAGAUCACUCUAGUACUCAUGGUGGGUCAGAUACUGGGCAGGAUGCUCCUGAUGAUACAUUAAAGGGAUCCUACUAUAUCCCACACCCUAUUCUCGAUGGUUCCCCUUGUGAUGCUGCGGGAAACUUCUUGAAUGGAGAUCAUCCUCAGGCUACCAAUGACACCUGGGAGCCAUUUACAUCGCAUGGCCACUUUGAGCUCGCGGACUUCAUUUUCCGGCAGAAUCAGAUGUCCGGGAAGCAAGUUGAUGAACUCAUGCAGGUUUUAGGAUCCUUCGAGGAGUUCAAAGGCCGUCCUUCUUUCAGUAGUGACCGCCAUGUCCAUCAUACCAUUGACACCAUCUCUUCGAGUGCUAUUCCUUGGCAAUCUCUCAUACUCCGACAUGCUGCAUCUGAGAACUUGCCACCUGGUCCAUCUGUUACCCCGUGGAAGCACACCGAGUACGAGGUGUGGUAUCGCGACCCCCGCGAGUUAGUAAGAAAUCAACUCGCAAACCCGGAGUUCACUGAUAACAUCGACUAUUCGGCUCGACAAGUGUUUGGAGAGCAAGGUCAGCAUGUAUGGUCUGACUUUAUGACUGGAAAUUGGGCUUGGAACCAAUCUAACACGCUGGCCAAAGAUCCAGACUGUCAUGGUGCAAUGCUUGUUCCCAUCAUCCUCGGUAGCGAUAAAACUACGGUCUCUGUGGCAACUGGCCAAAAUGAUUUCUACCCACUCUAUAUAUCUACGGGUAAUCUUCAUAACAAUGUCCGUCGUGCUCACAAGGAGUCUGUGAGCCUCGUAGGUUUUCUGUGCAUCCCACAGACUGAGCGUGAUCAUGACACGACAGAUGAAUUUCCCAUCCUCAAGACCUUUCGUCCUGCAAUGGAGAAACCAGAGGUUGUCAAGUGCACUGAUGGUUACUAUCGAUGGGCCGUGUAUGGCCUUGGUCCAUACAUCGCCAAUUACCCCGAACAAUGUCUACUUGCUUGCAUCGCUCAAAAUUGGUGUGCACGGUGUACUGCUGAUCGAGCACAUUUGGACGACUCGCCAUCUGGUCGGCGAUCACACCAACAUACAAAAAUUCUAAUGCGCAGUUACUCAGAUACACAGCUCAAGCAGGGUUGGGGAAUUAUAAGUGGCAUUCUACCGUUCACAGCAUAUUUUCCGUGCGCUGACAUACAUGAACUGCUCGCUCCUGACAUUCUUCACCAAAUAAUUAAAGGAACAUUCAAAGAUCAUAUUGUGGCUUGGGUGGGUGAGUACUUCCUUAUCACCUACGGAGAAAAAAAGGCAGAACAAAUAUGGGCAGAUAUUGAUCGCUGCAUAGCUGCAGUGCCUUCAUUUCCGGGCCUGCGACGUUUUCCUCAGGGACGAAGAUUCAAACAAUGGACAGGCGAUGACUCGAAGGCUUUAAUGAAGGUCUUUUUACCAGCCAUCGCGGGACAUGUUCCUGAGAAGAUGCUUCAAGUGAUCUGCUACUUCCUUGACUUCUGCUAUGGCUUUCACGAUGAACGUACUGUCUUCAUGGAUGUCGGUGUCCAUCCCAACGGAAUAUCUCUACCCCGACAACAUUCUUUAUGCCAUUACGGUUAUCUAACGCAGCAGUUUGGCACUCCUAAUGGAUUAUGCUCUUCUCUCACAGAGUCGAAGCACCGUAAGGCGGUAAAGGAACCUUGGCGACACUCGAGUGGCUGGCUACCUCUCAGUCAAAUGUUGGUAACAAACCAACGGCUUGAUAAGCUUGCUUUGUUCCGAGCAGGGAAGUUUGCCAUAGGUCUGCUUGAUCACCCUUUACUCCCACCUGGUGUUGAGCCAAUUGAUCCGGAUGCAAAUCAUUCUGACCCAGACUUCUUCCUUUAUCGUGAUGAUCAAGACAUGGAAGAUGCUGUUGCGGAUGAGGGUGAUGACGAGGCUGAGGUGAUCGUACAGCUAGCGAAGAGACGAAUGUCCAGUUACCCCCGACGUGCCUGGGCGAUUGGUGAAAUGAUUGGCACACCUUCCUUUCGUAACCUUAUACGCCAAUUUCUACAUGAUCAGCGCAAUCCUGGUCAUGCUAUUCCGGGAUGUGACAUGAAUAUUUCACAAUGCCCGGACUUCAAUGGGAAGGUGGAUAUCUUUCACUCUGCUGUAGCGUCGUUUUACGCUGCUAGCGACAUCUGUGGGGUCAACGGCAUGAUCCGUUACACUAUCCGUGUUGCACAUAGUUGGUGUGGUGGCCCAGCUCGCCAUAAUUGUGUUUUCAUUGAACACGAUCCGACUCUACCAGGAUUCCGAGGGUUAUAUGUUGCACAGGUUAUUCUGUUAUUCUCCUUCACUUUUCGAGGUGUGGAAUAUCCUUGUGCACUCGUUCGCUGGUUUUCGACCAUUGGCGAUCAACCAUGCCCUAACACAGGUAUGUGGAUGGUUGAACCAGAACUUGAUGAUCGUAGAGAAUGCCUUCUUUCUGUUGUUCAUUGA